CGCCCCCUUCGCCUCGUCACUGUCACGACUCUCUCCCUCUUCUCGAGGAGGGGUGUGCGGCCAAUCUAUUCUCCCGGAUACUCCAAUGUCGAGUGGGGCCUCAUCAUCGUCCUCGCCGCCGCCGGCGGAGGCCGGGGACGGAUACUGGGUGGCGCGGGAAGAGGCGGCGGCGCGGCUGGAGGCGAUGGCCGCGAGGGCUCUUGAGGACGAGCUCUCGGCGGAGCAGUUGGAGACCAACAACCAGCUCCAGGAGGACGAGGUGUUGGCACUGCAAGCCAUUUAUGGGGAUGAUAUGGUCAUCUUGGAGGAUAAGGCGGGUCUUCGUUCUUUUAGAUUUUUGUGCAGUAUCCAGUUCCCAAUGACACUAAGGUCUUAUUGAAUUUUCGUCCAAACGGAACUAUGGUUGGAACUGAUAAUAAUUAUGGGAGCCAAGAUGUUGGUGAACUCUUUUGUGCUUGCAGCUUAAAGCAUUUACCACCUCUGGUGUCAACAUGUUUGCUGCCACGAUCAUAUCCCAGUACAUGUGCUCCUUAUUUUACUAUCUCAGCCAGGUGGCUGGAUGAACCAAGUGUCUACCUCUGUGCCAUGUUUGAUGAGAUUUGGACUGAGCUGCCAGGACAAGAAGUGGUGUAUAGAUGGGUGGACUGGCUGAAUGUCUCUUCAUGGUCUUGCAUUUCUUUGAAUGACAACAUAUUAUUAGUCCCAGAUGCAGAUGUUGCAGAUGAACGUGCUAUUGCAAGAAAACUUCUUGUUGAUGCUACUAUUCCUCUGAUGCAAAAUUACAGUGAGAAGAGAUCUCAGGAAAUAUUUCUGAAAAGCCUGCAUGAGUGUGGAACUUGUCUUAGUGAAAAUACUGGCUUUAAUUUCACCAAGCUCCCAUGUCACCAUUCGUUUUGCAUGAAGUGUAUGGAGUCUCACUGCAGAAUUCACGUGAAAGAAGGGACUUUAACCAUGCUGACAUGCCCUGAUACAACUUGCCGCAGUCCACUUCCAUCGUCAAUAUUGAAAAGCCUUCUAGGAGAUGAUUGCUAUAUGCGAUGGGAAUCAUUCGCUCUACAGAAACUCUUAGAUACAAUGCCUGAUUUGGUAUAUUGUCCAAGGUGUGAUGCUGCUUGCUUGGAGGUUGACAAUGAUGCUCAAUGCCCAGAGUGUUUUUUCACCUUCUGCUCUUUGUGCAAAGAACGAUGCCAUGUGGGGAAGGAGUGUCUUACACCAGCAAAGAAAAUUAGCAUUCUGAGGGAACAACACCAGAAAUAUUCCCUGCCAGAAAAACAAUUGUUGAAAGAACAGAAGGAAAUAGAUGAAUUGCUAAAUGUCUGUGAAGUGCUUCGCAAUUCUAAGCCCCCUCUUGUAAGAUGGCUAUCUCAAAAACUCAAGGCUGCAACCACAUGACCUGUAGGAACUGUGGGAAAUCCUUCUGCUAUCGUUGCAACCAGAGAGUUAGUGGAUAUAACUAUUUCUGGUCUGGAAAUUGCGAGCUGUUUGAACACAACAAUCAAGGGAGAAGGUUCAGACUGGAUGAAGAUCCUGAUGAUGAUGAUCCAGAGGAGCUAGAGCCUGAACUGCCAUGGCUUUGUCCUUGUCCAAUCUGUGGCUGUUGGAAUGAAAAGUUUGACACAAACAAUCAUAUAUCGUGCAUGGGUUGCCGAGGCCACUACUGCGCGUUAUGCCAGAAGAGGGUCUUGAAGAGCUCUGAACACUAUGGACCGAGAGGUUGCCAGCAACACACAUAUCCUUAGAGAUUCCAAUGCUUGCUGUACAGUACGUAACUCCUUUAUAACAUAACAUCUUGCAACUCCCAGCGUUUUUGCAUCCACUUGUCCAAAAGGAGAGGAUUCCUGUUGGAAGGGACAAUGUAAAUUUGCAACCAUUAGGUUCCAUAGUACUAGCAUUUAGCCAGGAUCAUUGAUGUCAAGAGCAAAUUGUUUGCCAUGUAAUGAACAGCAGAACAGGGCAUUCUUUUUGAGUGUAGUUUGAAGAUUCAAUUCCUGGCCAA